AUGCCCAAUCACACUCCGAGCAGCAGUGUCGUUUCGGGUGUUGUUGGAUGUCUUCCUUUGGCACCUUCAAUUGAUUGCCAAAGAAAGUCCACAUGUGACUUGAUUACUAACAACAUCCUACAGUCAAGAACGUCAGAGGCGGCUAAUAAUUUUGUUAUUGAAGUAUACAAUUUGGACAAAGUAAAGUCAAGACCCAGGGACAGAGGUACUUCAGGUAAAAUGGACACAUUCAUUUGUGGAUUGUGUAACAAAGUUUAUCACAGACUCCUUGACAUUUUGGAACAUAAAUUACAACAUGUUUCUCCAACCUCCAAAGUUGGGUGUGGUGUGUGUGGGGCCUUCUUCUCUCGACAAGUGUCACUCAAGGAACAUUAUCGCAGACAGCACAAGAUAUUUCUUGGCAAAAACAGCAGCACAGAGUAUGUUGAUGGUACAAGGACAGCAGAAGACACAACCGCUAUGUGUGGAUGUUUUGAAUGGCAAUCGACUUAG